AUGGCGAAGCAGAGGUGCGGGGACGAGGAGGACAGCCUUGUGCGUUUCCUCGGGGCACGCGGGCCGAGCUCGGGAUGGCCAUGGCGCUGGAACUCCUGGAGGUGGUCAUCGGCAGCGGCGCCGGUCGUCGAGAAAGACGCCAUGAAGUACUUGGGGCAGGUGGUGGUGGCGCUCCUGGCCUUCUCGGCGGUGGUGCUGAUGGUGGCGCCGGCGGGCGCGGAGGCGGCGACCUGCAACGCGCUGCAGCUGACCCCGUGCGCGGGGGCCAUCAUCGGGAGCGCGGCGCCCACGGCGUCGUGCUGCAGCAAGAUGAAGGAGCAGCAGCCGUGCAUGUGCCAGUACGCGCGCGACCCCAACCUGAAGCAGUACGUCGACUCCCCCAACGGCAAGAAGGUCAUGGCCGCCUGCAAGGUGCCCGUGCCCUCCUGCUAA